AUGAGCGACUCGGAUGCCCAGCUCCUCUACCAGGAGCAGCUUCGCCAGGAACGACUGCGGCAGGAGCAGCUCCAGCAGGAACAACUGCGCCAAGAACAGCUCCAGCAGGAACAACUGCGCCAGGAACAGCUCCGGCAGGAACAACUGCGCCAAGAACAGCUGCAGGAACAGCGCCGGCAGGAACAACUCCAGCAGGAACAACUCCGUCAAGAACAACUCCGUCAAGAACAACUCCGCCAGCAGCAGCAGCUGCAGAAUCCUGAUCCGAUGAUCCGGAUGAUGGGGAUGUUCGAGCAGCUGGUAGCUUCGGUGCAGCAAACUGUCCAGCAGCAGCAGCAGUUCAUGGAGCGAUUUUCAAGAAGCGCAACCCAGCCACCUCUCAACCCGGAACAGAUCAUCGACUCGCUUGCUGGGAACAUCAAGGACUUCCGGUACGACGCCGACAACAGCGUAACCUUCGCGGCGUGGUACUCCCGGUACGACGAUCUGUUCGCCCAAGACGCUGCCCGUCUGCAGGAUGACGCCAAGGUCCGGCUAUUGCUGCGAAAGCUCGGCCUUCCCGAGCACGAACGAUACGUGAGUUUCAUACUCCCCGCCGUCCCCAAGGACUUCAGCUUCGCCGACACCGUUGACACGCUCAAGAGCCUCUUCGGUGCGAAGGAAUCGGUCGUGAGCAGGCGCUAUCGGUGCCUCCAAAUCUCGAAGCAGCCAACCGAGGAUCACGUCUCGUACGCCUGCAGAGUGAACAAGCUUUGCGUCGAAUUCGACUUAGGCAAACUCACCCAAGAUGAGUUCAAAUGCCUUGUUUACGUUUGCGGAUUGAAGUCGGGGAGCGACGCCGAAAUCCGUACGCGACUUCUUUCCAAGAUCGAGGAGAACACUAACGUCACACUGCAGCAGCUGUCAGACGAGUGUCAGCGUCUACUAAACCUACAACAUGACAACGCCAUGAUCGAGACGCCGUCAACCUCCGACGUAAACAAAGUCGAGCAACGAUUCGAACGCAACAAAAGCAACAGGCGCGACCGAGAUCAACAACCUUACGCUGCCGGCAAGUCCAAAAGCAAGCCGCCGCGUCCGUGCUGGUUUUGUGGAGCGGAACACUACGUCCGCGACUGCACCUUCCGGAACCACAAGUGCGCCGAUUGCGGAGUCACCGGACAUCGCGAGGGCUAUUGCAGUUCUGCCAAGCCGCUGAAACCCUUCAAACGAGGAGGCCCGAGGGACUCGGUCAGCAGUAACGUGGUGGUUAUCAACGAGUGCACGGUGCAGAAGCGACGGAGAUUCGUUUCGGUUGAUUUCGGCGGGACACUGAUCCGGCUUCAACUGGACACAGCAUCCGACAUCACCGUGAUCAGCAAGGAACUGUGGAGCGAAGUUGGCUGCCCAAGGUUAUCGCCGCCCUCCGUUCGCGCUAAAACAGCUUCUGGGACGGAAUUGUCGCUGAACGGCGAGUUCCGCUGCGACAUCACCAUCGCCGGAAGCACCCGCAACGAGCUGAUCCGCGUAACCGAGAAACCACUCCAGCUGCUUGGCUCGGAUCUUGUGGACAGCUUUGGGCUAGCAUCCAUCCCGAUGGACAGCUACUGCUGCAACGUGUUCAGCAAAAACCUCGGAUUGUGCACCAAAACAAAGGUGAAGUUGGAGCUGAAAGAAAACUGCCGACCAGUUUUCUGUCCCAAACGUCCGGUGGCCUACGCGAUGGUUGAGGCCGUCGACCGCGAACUGGACAGGUUGCAGCAGCUCAACAUCAUCACUCCGAUCGACUACUCGGAGUGGGCCGCCCCGAUUGUCGUGGUGCGGAAGGCCAACGGCUCCAUCCGGAUUUGCGGAGACUACUCCACCGGCCUCAACGCUGUCCUUCAGCCACACCAGUACCCGCUGCCGCUUCCAGAGGACAUCUUCGCCAAGCUGGCCAACUGCAAGGUAUUUAGCCAGAUCGACCUCUCUGAUGCUUUCUUGCAGGUUGAGGUAGACGAACAGGACCGCCACUUGCUCACGAUCAACACCCAUCGUGGCCUCUACCUCUACAACCGCCUUGCGCCCGGCGUCAAGAAUGCCCCCGGCGCAUUCCAGCAGAUCACGUCCACCAUGCUGGCCGGAAUCCCAGCAGCGUCCUGCUAUCUCGAUGACGUCAUCGUCGGCGGCGCAACCCAAGAAGAGCACGAUCGCAACCUCAAAGCCGUUCUGCAACGUAUUCAAGACUACGGCUUCACAAUUCGUCUCGAGAAGUGCUCGUUUGGGAAGACUGAGAUCCGCUACUUGGGGCACAUCAUCGACAGCCGCGGGCUGCGACCAGACUCUGCGAAGAUCGAGGCCAUUGUCAACAUGCCGCCUCCUACUGAUGUGUCUGGUGUUCGAUCCUUCCUGGGCGCAAUAAAUUACUACGGGAAGUUCGUGCCUAACAUGCGGAUGCUGCGCUACCCAAUCGACAAGCUGCUGAAGGAGGAUGCGAAGUUUGUGUGGGACUCGGAGUGCCAAAAAGCUUUUGAGAAGUUCAAGCAAAUCCUCACCUCCGGUCUGCUUCUUACACAUUACGACCCAAGGCAGGAGAUUAUUGUCUCUGCUGACGCCUCAUCCGUUGGACUCGGGGCGACGAUCUCGCACAAGUUCCCCGAUGGUUCUGUGAAGGUGGUCCAACACGCAUCGCGAGCGCUCACGAAGGCGGAGCAGAACUACAGUCAGCCGGAUCGCGAGGGUUUGGCCAUCGUGUUUGCGGUUACAAAGUUCCACAAAAUGAUUUUUGGUCGGAGAUUUUUGCUACAGACCGACCACGCGCCGCUACUUCGCAUAUUCGGGUCAAAAAAGGGGAUUCCGGUCUACACAGCAAACCGGUUGCAACGCUUCGCACUGAACCUGCUCCUCUACGAUUUCUCCAUCCAGUACGUCUCCACCGACAAGUUUGGCGACGCCGACGUGCUAUCUCGUCUGAUCAAUCAGCACGUACGACCAGAGGAGGACUACGUUAUCGCCAGCGUCCGCCUAGAGGAGGACAUCAGGUCAGUAGCCACGGAGUCGAUUAAUGCGUUGCCUCUCAGUUUUAGAGCCGUUGCCAAAAGCACCCAGUCCGAUCCACAACUCCGCAAGAUCUAUCGGUACGUUCUUGAGGGUUGGCCAAGAGUGAAAGUCGCCGAUCCGGAGAUCCGGCGCUACCAAACCCGUGCCGACUCGCUCACCGUUGUGGACGGGUGCAUCAUGUUCGCCGAACGACUAGUCAUCCCUGCUCAGCAUCGCAAGCGGUGUCUGGAGCAGCUGCACCGAGGCCAUCCUGGGAUGGUGCGCAUGAAGCAGAUUGCCAGGAGCUACGUGUACUGGCCCAGCCUGGAUGACGAAAUCGUGGGCUACGUGAAAGCAUGCCAGCCAUGCGCCUCGGUAGCACGGUCCCCGCCGCACUCUGCUCCUGUGCCAUGGCCGAAAGCAGCUGGCCCGUGGCAACGGAUCCAUAUAGAUUUUGCGGGACCGAUCAACGGCGACUAUUUCCUGAUAGCAGUGGACUCCUUUCGAAGUGGCCUGAAGUAG